AUGGAUAAGCAAAUUGGCAAAAAGAAGUUUUUGGAUCUUUUCCCAGAACUCGUUGAUGAACUUGUUGAAGUUUUGAAAGAAAAUGGCAUGCCAGCUGAUGCAAUCAGCUGGUUCAAGAGAAACUUGGACUACAACACGCCGGGCGGUAAGUUGAAUAGAGGCUUGUCUGUUGUCGAUACUUACGCUCUAUUGAAGAAUUACAAGUCGUACGAUGACUUUUCAGCUGUUGAAUAUAAGAAGGCUGCGAUUUUAGGUUGGUGUAUUGAAUUGUUGCAAGCGUAUUUCUUGGUUGCGGACGACAUGAUGGACCAAUCGAUUACCAGAAGAGGCCAGCCAUGCUGGUACAAGGUUGAUGGUGUCAAGGAAAUUGCUAUCAACGAUGCGUUCAUGCUGGAAGGCGCCAUAUACAUCUUGCUAAAGAAAUACUUCAGAUCCGACAGCUACUACGUGGACUUGCUAGAUUUGUUUCACGAAGUUACAUUCCAGACCGAAAUGGGCCAGCUACUUGACUUGAUCACCGCACCUGAAGACCACGUUGAUUUAUCUAAGUUCACACUUGAAAAACACUCGUUCAUUGUCAUUUACAAGACUGCAUUCUACUCGUUCUACCUCCCUGUCGCCUUGGCCAUGUACAUGGCCGGCAUAAACGACGAAAAAGACCUGAAGCAAGCCCGAGACGUUCUAAUUCCGCUCGGCGAGUAUUUCCAGAUCCAGGACGACUACUUGGACUGUUUCGGCAAGCCCGAAGACAUUGGCAAGAUUGGUACCGAUAUUCAAGACAACAAGUGUUCGUGGGUGAUCAACACCGCCUUGAAGGUCUGCACCCCCGAACAAAGAGCUUUGCUAGACGAAAACUACGGCAGAAAGGACGCCGAAAAGGAAAAAACCUGCAAGGAGCUUUUCAGCGAGUUGAAGAUCGACUCGCUGUACCACGAAUACGAAGAAGGCAUCGCCAAGAAGUUGGAGCAGCAAAUUACAGAGAUCGAUGAGUCCAGAGGAUUCAAGGGCGAAGUCUUAACUGCCUUCUUCAAGAAAAUCUACAAGCGUUCCAAAUAA